AUGAGCUGUCUUGGAAUUAUGUCAGCUAGAAAGACAGUAUCUUCUGUUCUUGAAUACUUGAAGAGUGGCAAAGUACUGGGAACAAGAUCCCCGCAGAUUUUGCAGUCGGAGAAGAGUAUAUUGAAGAAUGAAUCCACUGCUUUGAGAUAUAAAAGUUACUACCCUUCAUUGAGGAAGGAGGAUUUCAUUUCCAUUCUCCCUGAAAGGAUUCUGGCUCCGAAGGCUGAUUCAGGGUACAUGUCGGAUGACACAUUUCAGCUGGUGAAAUGUAGAGAUCCUAAAUUUUUUCAAUUCCAGGAUAGUUAUAUACUUUUAUUUCGAGACAAUAAGGCAAUGAGAAAGUACUACGAAUCAACGUCACUUUCACGGAUAUUCAAGGUCCGUGUUAAGUUCAAUAUUCUGCCAAAAAACGAUGGUAUGAUACCGGUAUAUUCGCGUUAUGCUAAAAAUCUGGAAUCCGCAUUCCAGGGAGGUGAAUCGUAUUUCAAAUCUAUCAAAGAGGAACAACCGAUUGAGGAUUUAUCUGAGCAAGACUUGAUUCUUUUGCAGAAAUCUGUGAUACCUAUAGAAGAAAGAUCGGCAUUAAUAUGGAAUUUACCGAUUCAGCUAAAAUCUCAUAAUAUAAUGGAUAAAUUUUGGUUUUACGAUAUCAAGCACUGUUUCAAAUUAUAUUGGGACACUCAAACAGGUAAAACACUUCAUUAUGUAGCUUUUAAUGAUCCUGUUGAUUGCUUAAAACUGAAAAGAAAUUUUCAUGGUGUCAAUUUUGAUGAUUGCCCUCAAUAUAAGUUACUAGUGGAAACGCUGAACGGAGAAUGCUGA